AAACGCACGCGUUCCUCUCCUGACCCCGCCCCACCCCCCUCGUCCUCAUCCAAAAGAAGCCUCCUCCGCCGCUCUCCGCCGGAUACCGGUUUUCCGGCGAAGAAGCCCCACUUUUUUCGCUGGCCCCUCACAGAGGAAAGCUUCGACCCACUCAACCUGAAUCAUCACCCUUUUGUCUCCCUGUCAUCGGUUUUCCAGCGCGUCCCUCGGAAGGCCGAAAGCCGGAGUUUCCUCGAACACCACCUGUCUCUGGCCUUCAAUUCCUCGCGCACAACCUGAAAAAGCCCUUUCUGAGUGAGGUUCUCUAUGGAAUGACGCAGUACUGUAUGCAACCGCCUUUGCUGCCACUGACGUCGUCGUCAAUGGUGCCACCGCCGGCGUCGUCGGCCGCGUCGACAUCGAACCCGUGGCUCGACGACUACAACGCGAUGCUGGAAGCGUUCAUGGCGACCGACUUCCCGUCUUACCCGCCACCGCCGACGCCCUCCUGCGAGCUGCCUGGGGCGGCAGCGUCGUCGGCUGCGUCGAGCUCGACCAGGGUGCCGUUCAACCAGGAGACGUUGCAGCACCGGCUGCAGUCGCUGAUCGAAACGUCGCCCGAGAGGUGGACGUACGCCAUCUUUUGGCAGCCGUCGGUGGAUCAGUCGGGGGUCUCCUACCUGGUGUGGGGGGAUGGGUACUACCGGGGGGACGAGCCCAAGCGACCCUCUCGGAAUGCCUCGCCUUCGGAACAGGCCGACCGCAAAAAGUUCCUGCGCGACCUCAACUCGCUCAUCUCCGGCGGGCCUCCGCCGCCCGACGAGCCCGGCGUCGUGGACGAGGAGGUCACGGAUUCGGAGUGGUUCUACCUUAUCUCUAUGACGCAGUCGUUCAGCAGCGGCACGGGCCUCGCCGGGUACGCGCUCCUCAGCCGCCAAGCGGCGUAUCUUGCCGGCGCCGAGCGUCUUGCGGGGUCAUCCUGCGACCGUGUCCGGCAGGCGCACACCCUCGGCUUCCAGUCCAUGAUUUGCAUCCCCGCCGGCAACGGCGUCGUGGAAUUGGGUUCGACCGAGCUCGUUGGUGCGAAUCUUCAUCUCAUUGACAAGGUUAAGGCGGCGUUCGCCGUUGAGGAAUUCGAUCCGGACCUCUGGAUCAACGAUCAUCCGUCCGCCAUUACGGCCACUCAGCCGGUGGCCGGAGAGAUCAAGGUGCCCGGGGAUGCCCAAAAGCACGUUAACGCAAAAAACCUUAACGCGAGCUCCCUAACUGAGAUCGACAUCGCCGGUGGCCCGCUCCAUAGGCAAUUUAGCUUCCCAGAGUUGCCAUUCCUGGAGUCCAACCCAAAAUCUGAGCCUUUUGACCAGACAAGCAAGAUCGCCUGCAAGCCCGAGAGCGGCGAGAUUCUGAGCUUUGAUCGGAGAAGCAGCUGCACGACUGCUAUGCCUGGUGCCGCCGCCGGCUGCCGAAACAUCAGUUUCGGCACCUCAUUGGAGCCGAAGAUGCCGGUGUCAUCUCCUCUAUUGGAUGAGAAGAAAAAACGCCCGGCUGUCGAAGAGCCGAUGGUGUCCUUCUCCACCGUGAUUGUACCCUCAUCAGGGGUUAAAUCCGGGGGAGACUCGGACCAGUCCGACCUCGAAGCCUCGGCGAGGGAGGCAGAGAGCAGCCGGGUGGACGCCGAGAAACGGCCUCGGAAGCGGGGAAGAAAGCCAGCCAACGGCCGGGAGGAGCCGCUGAACCACGUCGAGGCGGAGCGGCAGAGGAGGGAGAAGCUGAACCAGAGAUUUUACGCCCUCCGCGCGGUCGUCCCCAACGUGUCGAAGAUGGACAAGGCGUCCUUGCUCGGCGAUGCCGUCGCCUACAUCAAGGAGCUUCGGGAAAAGGUGCAAGGGCUCGAGUCCGAUCGGGAUCAGCUUCAGAGCCAGGUCCAUGGGUUGAAGAAGGAAUUGGCUGCGCGGGAGUCGCUCUCCAACUCAUUUAGCAUAGGCGUCGGCCGAAGCCGGCCGGAUAAUUCGUCCGGUGAUUCUGACCUUAGGUUGCCGAACCCCAUCAAGAACCCUGAGGUCGAGAUCGAGGUCAAGAUCCUUAGGUUGGAGGCCGUAAUUCGAGUGCAGUGCAAUCGCAAGAACCACCCUGCUGCGCGGUUUAUGUCUGCAUUGAAGGAGCUUGAUCUGGACGUGUACUCUGCGAACGUAUCGGCGGUGAAGGACUUGAUGAUCCAGCAAGCAACAGUGAAGAUGUCGAGCCAGAUCUACACUCAGAAGCAGCUUAACGAUGCCCUCUACGCGAAACUUGCGUAACCGGCAGCGAGCUUCGGAUAGUUUGUUUGCUCAAUUGGCCGAGUUUUACACAGUGGGCGACUACCACCGAAGGUUUAGCUGUGUGCUAGUUAAAGACUACUAUCUUCCACCAUCUCCCUGUGUAGUCCUUGCUUCCCUGCUGAGCGCCGGAAAAUUUUAAGCCUGGCACCGCUGUAAAAUAUACUAGAGUUUCUAGUUAGUAGCUCUAAAGAUCUGGUUGAGGAAUUAUAAUGGCAGUCUUCCUAAUCUAUAACUUUGUUGGUUGUCAAGGAAUUGUGAAUCAUGCAGGAUUCCAGUUUGUGGAUGGUGAAUUGUGUGCCGCCAGCGGACUGUAUUUACAUUAGUCUGCUUUCUUUAUCUGUUUUUCUAUGCUUAA